AUGGAGGACACGGACGAGUCGACGUCGCUCAUCAUCUACAUCCUCUACGUGGCCAUCUUUGGUGGGCUGCUCACCGUGCUACGCCACUACUUCAAGGGAGCGCAAUUUAACGAGAAAGUCACCGCAAAGGAUAAAGUGGCCGUGAUCACCGGAGCAAACACGGGAAUCGGCUUGGAGAUCGCUCGCGAGUUAAACCUACGAAAAGCCAAGGUUUACAUGUUAUGCCGGGACGAGAAACGAGCUCUUGAUGGAAAGGCGACUCUUGUGAGGAUGGGAUGCGACCCAACUCGUCUCAUCAUCGAGCAAUGCGAUCUCGCCAAUUUUGAAUCGAUUCGAAACGCGGCAAAUGCUAUUUUAAAAGCCGAAAAGUCGAUCGACAUCUUGGUGAACAAUGCCGGUGUGAUGUUCUAUCCGAAAUAUGAGAAGACGAUCGACGGACACGAGAUGCACUGGCAGAGCAAUCAUUUGGGACCUUUCCUUUUGACGGAGUUGUUGUUGCCGGCGCUGAAAGCCUCUCCUUCUGCUCGGAUCGCGAAUCUCUCGUCAAUGCUCCACCUUCAAUCCGAUCGCAUCGACGUCUCGAAAAUUGAUGAGAAGAAAGAAUUCGGCCUCCUAAAGCCAUAUUUCCGCUCGAAACUAGCGAAUGUAAUGCAUGCGCGCGCUUUGACACAACGACUUCGUAAAGAGGGAACACACAAUGUGAUCAUCAAUAGUUGCCAUCCUGGAGCCGUGAACACCGAGUUGAAUCGCCACUUUUUCCUUGCAAAUCUAUUCAAAACAGUCGGGAAACCUUUCAUGUGGUUCUUCACAAAAACGCCUCGCGAUGGUGCACAAACGCCGCUCUACUUGAGUCUCUCAAAGAAGGUUGACGGAAUUAGCGGAAAAUAUUUCAGUGACUGUGCGAUCAAGUCGGAAAACGUGUUAGCUUUGGAUGAGAAUGCUUGCGAGGAUCUCUAUAAUUACAGCUUAGAAACGUGCGGACUUCAAAAA